ACCUCGUAGACAAUUGUCGUAUUAUUUUACUUUUACGUAAAUAUAUACCCAAAGUUCACGCUUCAGCUAUUCAACUCUUCAUAAUGCCAGGUCGUACUCAGCCUUUACUGGAUUGCAAUGAGAGAUCUUCAGAUCAUUAUGGCCUACUCCAUGGCUAUUCCGUCUCAAGAAACGGAUUCCUACCAGAGCGAGAACCCCUAAGCCGCCUACCACACCACUAUUAUACCCCAUGGGAGUCUAUACUGGAUGAUCUCCCAUCACUGCUAAGCAGCGGGUCGAUCCGAAAGGCUGUAAAUUCCAUCGGGGUUCUUUCGACGAGCAAGCUACACACAGAAGAAGAAUGGCAACGAGCUUACGUAGUAUUAUCAUUCUUAGCACACGGAUAUAUCUGGGGCGGAGAGAGGGCAUCAGAGGUACUUCCUCCGGCGAUAUCAGUACCAUUUCUUCAAGUUUCGGAACACCUCCGCCUUCCGCCGGUUGCGACGUAUGCUGCUCUUAACCUAUGGAACUUUACCUGUAGCGGGCCCGACUUUCGAGAUCUUGACAAGCUAAAAGCCUUGCAUACAUUCAGCGGCACAGAGGACGAGUCGUGGUUCUACUCGGUGUCAGUAGCAAUGGAAGCGGAAGGCGCCUACAUAAUUCCAACCAUGCUCCAAGCACUCGAAGCGACCCAACAUCGAGAUUAUUCGACAAUAAUCAGAGCAUUAGACCAGCUAAAGAUCUGCAUUGGGAAACUUGGCAGACUACUCGAUCGUAUGGACGAGAAGUGCGACCCGAUGGUCUUUUACCACCAGAUUCGUCCGUAUCUAGCUGGAAGUAAGAAUAUGGCUGCUUCAGGUCUCCCCAACGGUGUCUUAUACGAAGACGGGAACGGGACACUCUGUUGGAAGCAGCUGGGAGGUGGCAGCAACGGACAAAGCUCGCUUAUUCAAUUCCUCGAUAUCGUCCUUGGAGUCAAACAUACUUCAUCCGGCUGUAGUGCGCGUACAAAUGCGGUAUCGACUUCAAGGACGAGCGAAACCGCAACAAGUUUCCACGAAGAGGUCCGCUCCUAUAUGCCAGCACCGCAUAGCGCAUUCUUAGAACACGUCUCACAAAUGGGCAGUAUAAAGGAGCUCGCGAGCGAACAAGGUGGCUCGGACAAACAAGAACAGAUGCAGCGAUCUUUUCAAGCUGCUACCAGAGCUCUUGGAGACUUUCGCAAUAGACAUAUGCAAAUCGUGACGCGAUACAUUAUUAUACCAUCGAGAAAACAGAGCCAAGGCCGGGUAGUGAAUCUGGCUACGGCAUCAUCGCGAUCAAACGAUGGUUCAGAAAGACAAUUGACUGGGACCGGGGGGACGGCAUUGAUACCGUUUCUAAAACAAACACGUGAUGAAACGUAUCUGGCGGGAAUUAUGACGCGAAAGACAUGAAUACGGGUAGAAUUAGGUAGGUAGGUAGGUACCUAGGUUAGGUAGCUUGUGUUCGUAGACUAAAGAUACCUUGUAAGCUGUACCAAAAAUUCGGAUGUGAAGUAG